CAGGUUGAGUAGAAGCUCGCCGCGCUCAUACGCUGUGCACCGGGAGCGAUUACGGAGAUUGCGCAGUGAGAGUCGUGAAUCCGGAUUUCGGUUGCGAGGCUGGAAUAAAGCAGUUAGCUCGGCUGAUGAGAUUUGUCUUAGCUCUCCUGCUAGCGUUAGCUGGUUAGCUUUAACGUUAGCUAGCUGGCUAACCGACGCGGUAUCAUUUGGCCUCCCAUUCCAAUGGAGCGAUAAGCAGCAAGAGACUCAAGAGACCACACAGUUCCUUUCAUAAGGGCCAUGGCACAACAGCCCAGCCCUCCUGAGACCUCCUGGUGUUCCGGAUCUCCUGGAGUCCAUGUGAACACAGAGGAGGACUCCGGAUUGGAGGAUGGAGAUGACGUCUGCAGCCGGGAUGGAACCUCUAGCCCAGCCCUGUCCCCACGUCCACAUGAAGAGGAAAACGCCACGAUCUUUGUGGCUUUUAAGGGGAAUCUGGAUGAUGAGGACUUUCAGAACAAGCUUGACACCGUCUUGAAUGGCAUGCCACAAAUGCUCUUAUUGGGUCCUAAGGGGCUGGCACCCCAGAAAGUGGAGCCCUGGAACAGUGUGCGGGUCACAUUCAACAUUCCCAGAGAAGCUGCCGAACGCCUCCGGCUCCUGGCUCAAAACAACCAGCAGCAGCUCCGGGACCUGGGGAUUCUCUCUGUACAGAUAGAAGGUGAAGGACCCAUUAAUGUCGCAGCUGGACAAAACCGAGGUCCGGGUCAAGAAGUCCGGGUGAACGGACCAGUUGGAGCCCCUGGUCAGAUGAGAAUGGAUGUUAACUUCCCAAUGCAACAAGGCCCUGCUGGAAUGCGGAUGAACAAUCCAUCCAUGGUGCCUCCUGGAGCGGGCGUGGCUGCACAGGGUAUGGUGCCAGGCAGCAGUGGACAGAUGCACCCGAGAGUUCCAAGGCCGCCCGCUCAGACAGAUUCAAUGGAUCCCAUGCUGGCGUUACAGCAGCAACUUCAACACCAACAGGCAUCACAUGGUCCUACCACCUCCAUGGGCCCACAAGGACAUCACAUGCAGGGCAUGCAAGCGAACCGACAACUCAAUCCAGCAGCCUUGCAGCAACUGCAGCAGCAGCAGCAACAGCAGCAGCACCAACAACAGGCUCAGUUAGCGCAGUUAGGAGGUGGUCCUCGGGGCCCCUUCAACCCUAACCAGAUGCCUGUUCCUGCUGGCUGGAACCAGUUGCAAUCCGGUGUUCUUCAGCCUGGUCAGGGUCCGAAUUGGAGAAAAGCUCCUCCACAGGUGCAGGUGCAAAUGGGACCGCGUCCUCCGUCUUUAGCGUCUGUCCAGACACCGAACCACCCCCCACCUCCCUAUCCUUUCGGCAGCCAGCAGGCCGGUCAGGUUUUUAACACCAUGGCUCAGCAACAGGCCGCAGGAGGAAAUCAGUUCGCUGCCCCUCAGCCUAAAGGACCCCAGGGAGUGGCCGGAGUGGUCGGUCCCAGAGCACCUCCUCCCUUACCGUCUGUUUCCGCCUCGCAGAGCAGCCUGGCUGCCAAGUCUCCUGGAUCCUCGUCGUCCCCGUUUCAGCAGGGUUCACCUGGCACACCGCCCAUGAUGGGACAGGGCCAAGGUCAGCUCGGUCCACGUCCUACGACUCCCCAAGGGUUCCCACAGGGAGUCGGAUCUCCAGGCAGGGCCGUGUUAGGGCAGCAGGGUAAUGUUCAGCCAGGCUUCAUGGGCAUGCCUCAGCACGGGCAGGUCUCCCAAGGUGGGAUGGCAGGCGUGCCGAAACGAAUGCCGAUCGGUUUCCCGAACGUUCCCGUAGGUCAGAACUUUGCGCAAGGUCAAGCCGCAGCGAGCGGAGCGGGAACCCCGACCGGUGCCCAACCUUCAGUUUCGGCACCAAAUCACUUGCAGCACAAUGCUCUUCAGCCUGGUGGGAUCGGCCAUCACGGUGGAAUGGCUCCACAGCCGCCGGCCACGUCAGUUGGUGGUGGAGUUGGAAUGGGACAACCUCAGACGGGCUUACAGAGCCAAAUGAUGGGCAUGCAAGCUCAGCUUCAAAAUCAGGCAACACCCCUGUCUCAGGCUCAAAUGAUUCAAGGCCAGGCGGGAGGUCAGACUGUCCUGACUCGGCCCAUGAAUCAAGGACCGAGAGGGAUGACCCCUCCUAAACAGAUGAUGCCUUCACAGGGGCAAGGUAUGGCACCAAACCAGGCACAGCUCGCUGGGGCACAGGGGCACCAGGCUCUACUGAUGCAGCAGCAACAACAACAGCAGCAGCAACAACAACAACAGCAGUCGCAGCAACAGCACCAACACCAGCAGCAACAGGCUCCCCAGCAACAAAAUGUCAUGAUGGAACAGAUGGUAGCCAAUCAAAUGCAAGGUAACAAGCAGGCCUUUGGAGCCAAAGGGCAGCCGGGAGUCAUGCCAGGUCAGAUGAUGCGCGGUCCACCUUCAAAUCUGCAGGCCAACAUGGUGCAGUUUCAGUCGCAGCAACAGAUGACUCCGCAGCAACAGCAGCAAAUGGCUCAGCUGCAGCAACAGCAGCAAUUACAGCAACAGCAGCUGCAGCAGCAGCAGCUUCAAUUGCAACAUCAGCAGCCGCAAUUACAACAGCAACAGCUGCAGCAGCAGCAGCAACAACAAAUGGCACAGCAGCCCCAGCAGAUCCCAAUAAAUGGAAACCCUAACCAACAGAUGGGCAUGCACGGUCCUCACAUGCGGCUUCCGGGGCAUCAUUUGGUUCAGCAUCUCCAACAACAGCAGCUUCAGCAGAAACAACAGCAGCAGCAGCAGCAUCAACAGCAGCAACAGCACAUGAUACAUCAGCUACAGCAGCAGCAGCUGCAACAGCAGCAACAACUACAACAGCAGCAGCAACAACUACAACAGCAGCAGCAGCAGGCUGGCCAACAACACCCGCAUCAGCUAGGAGACGCCAGUGGAAGCACAGGGGACAUAAACCAACAACAGUUGCUUCCAGACAUGCAAAUGCAACAGCAGCAGCAGGGAAUGAUGGGAAAUCCUCAACACAUGCAGGUCGGGAAUGGGCAUUUCCCCGGUCACGGCAUGCCUUUCAAUCCUCAGUUCAGCGGCCAGAUGCCAAUGGCCGGACCCUGUGGACAAGCGGGCGGGUUUCCCGUAAACAAGGACGUCACUCUGACCAGCCCCUUAUUGGUUAAUCUUCUCCAGAGUGACAUUUCCGCCAACCAGUUUGGGCCGGGCGCAAAACAGGGAGCCGGUGGAGUCGGGGCUAAUCAAGCCAAGCCGAAAAAGAAGAAACCACCCCGUAAGAAGAAGCCCAAAGCAGGUGAAGGGCAGCAGACUGAGGGACUUGGGGCUCUGGAAUCAGGUCCACAAGUACCAGAGGAUGCAGAGAUGCAGGGUCCAGGUAGUGAUCAAGGAGCUGGCAUGGAUUCCGCCAACCCAAAGCUGCCUGAAUUUACAAACCGGCCAGGGUUUACAAACCAGUCUGGAGAACAAAGGGUGUUGCAGCAAAUGCCAAGUCAGUUUAUAACCCAACAGCAGCAGCAACAGCAGAUGCAACAAUUGCAGCAGCAACAAAUGCAGCAGCAACAGUUGCAACAACAGCAGCAGCAGCAGUUGCAGCAGCAGCAACAACAACAACAACAAAUGCAGCCCCAGCCUCAGCAAGACCAACAGCAGCAGCAGCAAAUGCAGAAGCAACAGAUGCACAUGCAGAUUUCUGUAACUCAAGUCGGAGCACCACAAGCACUGCAGCAAGGACAGCAUCAGGCCCAUCCGCAUCACCUGCAGCUGCAACAGCCGCAGCAACCACUAACGCCGCAGCAGCAGCAGCAGCAGCAACAAAUGAUAAUGAUGCUCAAGAUGCAGCAUGAACAGAAGAAUCGGCUGCAGCUGCAGCAAGCAGGCCAAAGGACUCUCGGGAAUCCCGGUGAUCCCUCACAAAGGAUGCCCGUGUCCCAACCGGGAAACAUGCCAGUCAUGAUUAGCCUGCAAGGACACGGUGGCGUCCCACCUUCUCCAGAAAAGGCCAGGGCAAUGCAGAUGGUGAACCCACAGUUGGCUGGCGCAGUACGAAGAAUGCCUCCUCCAGACAGUGGCCAAGGGAACCAAGGAAUUGCACCAGAAGAAGCACCAGGGGCUCAAAACCUGCAGGACCGGCCAUCAGUCGAAGUGGCACCUCCGUCAGGCAAUGGCAACCAACAAAAUGUUGUCAGUCAAGGUCCCAGUACACAUCUGUUAAAGACUGUGCCUUCAGCGGUGCCCCAGCAGCCAGGAGCAAGUCCUCAGCAACAAUCCCAGCCAGCCUCAAUGCCCGGUUCACACAAUCUUCACUUUCCUGGAGCUCCUUCAACCUCGCAGAGUUCCCGUCCCAAGACGCCAAACCGCGCCAGUCCUCGACCGUAUCACCAUCCGCUAACCCCGACCAACCGUCCACCCAGCACCGAGCCUUCGGAGAUCAAUCUCUCUCCUGAGAGAUUGAAUGCGUCGAUUGCUGGCCUCUUCCCCCCUAAAAUUAACAUCCCCCUGCCACCCCGUCAGCCUAAUUUAAAUCGAGGUUUCGAUCAACAGGGUCUAAACCCAACCACCCUCAAAGCCAUCGGACAGGCGCCUCCCAGCCUGGCAUCUCUCACUAACAGUAAUACCACUAGCGGAAAUAACGUCCAACAGGGAUUCACACAAGCGGGCAACGCAACAAAUAUGGGCGCAAAACAAGAGAAGCAGGCAGCCGGAGCGCAAACUAAGCGCGCCAGUCCCAGUAACAGUCGGCGCUCUAGUCCUGCCUCGAAUAGAAAAGCAGCCACUCCGAGCCCAGGAAGGCAGAAAGGGGCAAAGAACCCCAUGACCUCUCCGCAGAAUCAACAACAAUUGACCGGUUUACAAACUGCCAUGACCAGUUCUUCCUCGGUCCUCCCAGGUCCCGGCGCCGCUAUACCUUCUGUAGGGACGCUAGAUUCCCAGCUAAAUCCUACGCAGACCCCCAGUAUUAACUCCGACACGACGAGGGAUGGACGGGGUCAUGUGGCGCAGCUCGAACAGCGUCAAGCAAUCCAAGCAGCCGCGCUCAAGAUGGCGAGUCAACGGGUGCCGUCUCAGGAGCUCAAAGGUCAAGAGUCUAAUGUUCCACCCGAGCGACCAUCAGAGAAGACGCAUCAGCACCAGAAGCCACAGCAAGAACGCGGUGCUGCCAUCUUGCCAGCUUUCAGAGACACCCCAACAUCCCUCAAUCAGUUGUUGGAUAACGCAGGUACUUCUUCUCUGUCUGUAAAACCAUCCAAGCCGGCUCCACCAGGAGGAGGGGAUCUGGUUCAGAAAGAAAGCUCUCGAGUUCUAGCAGAGCAGGAAACCCAGCGUAAUCCAAGCGCCCAACAGAACGCCAGUGAUCCGGCACAAAAAACAACCCUUGGUUCAUUCACAAGCUCGAAUGUGAUCAAGAGUAGCAGUCCAAGCAUUCAGUCACCCUCUGUUGUAUCGAGUGUAGGCUCAAGCUCAGCUUUGCAUCCCAGCCCGGCUGUAAGUGCCAGCAAACAUUCUAACCCCUCCAUCAGCCCAAAUCCCAGCGCUAAACUCCUCACGAGUGUGUCGCAGACGGUGCUGCACAGGCCCACCUCAUCGGGCCCUACCGCACCGAACCAGAUAACCGUUUUUGUGACCUCCAAUCCCAUUAGUUCCGCCGCCAACACUGCAGCCGCGGUGACUCCGGGCAUCGUCUCUACCGUGCUCGCCGUGCCCAGCAGGAACAUCAGACCCCCAGACAUGCGCCAGUCUGCUCCGAAUCAAACUCGCCCUCCGCAAAUUAUCACCACGCCCGUCUUCAUCAACCCGAUCUUCCAAGUCCCGUCUUCCUCGGUACCCUCGAGCACCAACGUGGUGCCCGUCACUAUGGUCUCGGCCAAUAUUCAACUCGGUCCUGCUCCGGUUUCCGGAGUGACCUCUACUCUGGCGUCUGCUUCUAUGAUGACGCAUUCCCCUGCUGUUAGCAUAGCCGCCGGUCAGCCCGGUCGUGCCGUGAUCGGACAGAUUCAGAUGCAAGUGCCCGUGAGUCAGGCUCAUUCCGUAAGCGCAGUGCCCCCUCCUCUGCAAGAGAAUGCCCCUUCAAAAGCGAGUCCGGUCGGACAAUUGUCUUUUCAAGCUAACCUGGCUACCGGUACGUCCUCGUCGGUCCAGAAGACCCUCGCUUCUCUGCCUGCCUGCUCUAGCCCGUCCGUUACCCGCAGGAGUCCCCUCUCGCCAACGACCACCACCACCACCAAGAGCAGUCCAGUCCAGAAUGUUCUGAUCAAGAAUGUUCUUAUACCCGCCCAUCAAAUUCCACAGCAUGUCAGGCCCCAGACAGGAAAGCCUGUAGACACUACAACAACACAUUCCAGCCCACAGCCCCCUCCCACGACCGUCUCAUCAGCACAAACCGUACCGCACACGUUAGCGCCAGCGCCCACGGUUAUGUCCCCCGGACUUGUACAGACACUCCCAAUUUCCUCUUCCGUGGUCACCCCCAGCCCCGUCACGGUAACUCUUGCCAGUCCUGCUACCAGUUCCCCAUCUACCACAUCGCUUCCUCCUCCUGCUUCCGUCCCGGGAGCCCCUGCUCCUCCCGCUUCCCUUUCAACAGCGUCGUCUUCAUCGCUUCCCAGUGUGCAACAGCAGCCUGUUACAGUAAUGGAGAAGAACUUGCCUAAGCCACAGGGAGCUGGAGAACCUGCUGCGGUUGCACCAAGUCUUCAAGCUCAGCCUGAAGUUGCACAAGAAGAUCAGCGUUUGUCUGAGCAAACUGGAGACGCAGCUCCCUCGGUGGCAGAGCAGGGAUGGGCAAAGAAAAGAAAGACGUCCGUCAACUUAGUCCCAAGGGAUACCAGGGCCACCACUGAAAAGGCGAAAGGCCCCAGCCGCAGGAGCUCGCGGGCCGAGAAGGACGUCGAGGAGGAAGUGCCCGACAGUGGGCAGAGGAAACGGACAGCCAGGCCAGGGUCUGCUGCCGCCUCUAACCAAGGGAAAGCCGCAGAUUCGAACACUGGAGCGAGUCCCACACAGGCGAAGAGAAGGAAGUCAAAGUGAUCAUGAAGCUUAACGUACCUGUGAACUGUACAUUACGGUUUUCCUCCUCUUAUAUCUACUGUCUCUCUGUCUCUCUAUCUGUGUGUGUGUGUGUGUGUGUGUGUGUGUGUGUGUGUGUGUGUGUGUGUGUGUGUGUGUGUGUGUGCCAUGUACAGAAACGAUGGUAAAAAUGAUGUUUUUGUUGCCGAUAUUAAGUGAUAUUUUAUUUGGAAUCGUGAGUAUGAGGGCGCGUCCCGUGUGAGUUGUUUUGUAAUUCUAUGCUGGAUUAAUCAUGAAGACGGAUGAUGAAUUUUUUCAUGUGGAUUGUAUAAUAAUGUUGCAGAAAUGAAUUAAAUUUUCUACUCGUGUCUCUUCUUGUAACUGACCGUGCACUUCUCACCUCCCUCUUACUUGAGUAAAUUUUGUCCAAGUAUGACUUUGUGAAUCCGUUUCUUUCUUCUUUUCUUGUUUUUGGCAGCUAAAUAAAUUCUGUAGAAAGCA